AUGAUUCGUGCACUACUUACUGAUAUAAAUCAAAUUAAAAUUGAUUCAUCAUCAUAUUCAAAUCAAAUUCUUAAUAUGAUUAUACAAUUAUGUAUAGAUGCUGCAAAAAAUGAACGAUAUCGUUAUAAUGGUUCUCAUAUAUCGGAACCAUUAACCGUACUUGUAAAAUUAUUUUAUAAUGAUGAAUUAUUACAUAAUACUUUUUGUAAUAAUGAAACAAAAUCAUCAUCAUCAUCAUCAAAUAUUCAAUCUUUGAUAGAACUUUUCGUAUUAUUACUGAUCAAGUUUUAUCGAAAGAUAAAUCUUGAUAAUGAUAUAUUAGAAAAUUAUACUUGUGUUGUUAUAUUAAAUCUAUUUUGGCUUAUUUCAAAUCAUGAAAAAUAUCAUCAGAUUAUUCGAAAUCAUGAACAACUGAUGGAUAUUAUAAAACACGCUAUACAUGAUGAAGAAAAUUUUACAGACACAUUUAUGCCACGAACAAUGAAAAGUAUAAAACAAUCAGCAAAUGAUAUUCUAAAAAAUCUUAAUAGUUAA